CCCCGAUGGAUUUUGUGAGGAUAGCACCGUAGAGCUGUGCUGGAUACCUCGGCAUGGUCGGGGGCGGUUAUGAUCAGGUCAUUGGUACGGGUUUAUAUAUAGACCCCCUAUGAACCUGCUCUGCAAGCUUUGAAUUAAAUAUACUCUAAGCUACUCUUUCUCCUAUUGCUCGGGUUAAAAAUAAAUUCGAGUUCACCGAUAUCUUACUCUUAUCUUUCACCAUCUAUCCUCAAUCUCUCAUACUGCACCCUCAAUCCCCUCCCCAACAACCACAAAAAUGUCCUCUGGACCCCCCAACCCUAACCGCCCCGCCGCCAUCCUCGGCGCAGGCGUCCUCGGUCGGCGCAUGGCCCUCAUGUGCCUCGCCGGCGGCCACGACGUUCACAUCCGCGACCCCUCGGCCGACCAGCUCUCCGCCGCUCUCACCUACAUCAGCACCACCCUCCCCUCCCCCACCCAGCCCUCCGUUGUUCGUGGCACCGCCCACGCCUUCUCCUCCCUCUCCAAAGCCGUCAAAGAUGCCUAG